AUGCUCCGGCCACAGCAAGGGCCGGGACCGAUCCCGAUCGACUCCUCUCGAAGCCUCGAACCCGAACCACCAGUUUUCCCGACCGGAAAACUCGAAUCCCGCCGGCAAUAUCCACUGGUUCAAACCGGUCUUCCUCCGUCUUUGCGCCGCCGCCUCCGCCUCCCAAUCCCGGUGAAAAAGGUAUGUGAUUGUAUGGCUGCUGUGAUUGCCCCUUCUGCUGUAAGCCUGAGGUUCAUGGCCAUGUGGUUUGCUGUGACAGUUGCGAGCACAGCUUUCACCUCACUUGCACUGGAAUGCGCGGCUGCCAAGCUACGAAUUUGGACGAAUGGGUAUGUGAGGAGUGUAUGGGCAGUGGGGUUAGGAGAAACUGUUGGCCGCUUGGAGUUAAGUCCAAGUAGAUGCUGCAAGAUUUUACUUUAA